AUGACAAAAUGUCAAAAUGUUCCUAACACACCGUUCAGCGUUAAGGGAGGCAACAAAAAUGUAACAAGUCUACACGUUCAAAAAGAGGGAGCUGAAUGUCUAGCGCUUUACCAACAAGGCUAUACCGAUGACGGUGUUUAUGAGAUCAAACCAACCGGAAGUACUGCUACUGAUGUGUGGUGUGAUAUGACCAAUGGUGGAUGGACGGUUAUACAGCGCCGGCAAGACGGAUCUGAAGAUUUCUACAGAAAUUGGGAGGAAUACCAACAAGGAUUUGGAAACAGGAGUGGCGAGUAUUGGCUUGGACUUGAAAAUAUUCAUCAUUUGACAAGUAACGACAGUUCCCUGCACAUAUACAUGGAAACAUUCCCAAAUGACAAUAAGAAUCCGUUUUCUGCUUUUGCUGAAUAUUCCAUCUUCAAAGUUAAUGACGAGAGUGAUAAAUACAGAUUGUUAGUUGGGGGGAUUUCCGGCUCCUGCGGCAAUUCCUUGAUUUAUCAUAAUAAUAAUCCAUUUUCGACCAUGGACAGAGAUAAUGACGCCUGGGACGAUGUUGACUGUGCAGUGGCAUUUAGCGGUGCUUGGUGGUAUAAGGCAUGCCAUAAAUCGAAUCUAAAUGGAUUAUACCUUAAUGGAACAGGAGCAGACUUUGGUCGCGGUAUAACAUGGGACUUGUGUUGGGGUCAAACUUACUCUCUCAAGACAACUGUUAUGAAGAUCAGAAGAAACUAAUUAACAGUUUUAUCUAUUUCAUGAAAGUCAGCUCUUUUACUUUCUUUAUUUGUAUAUUGUAUAUCUUAUUACACAUGAGCUGACAUUUAUCACUAUAUGUUGGGCAAAAGAUCAACCUUGCUAUGGAUUCAAAUAAAACUUAACUCAUACAACUACGUGAACAAUGCUUUUGUAAUGUUGUAUUUUUGUAAUGUUGUAUUAUAAUCUUAUAAUGUAAUUAAUUA